UACAGCGGCUACGCGCUACGUUCCCACAUGGCGCGCCACCGAGGCGAGCGGCCCUAUGUGUGCUCCAUGUGCUCAAAGAGCUUCUACAACCCGACUGACUUGAAGGUACACUUCCGCCUCCAUACCGGCGAGAAGCCCCUAAAGUGCUCCGAAUGCAACAAGACCUUCCGCCGCCACUCCACGCUCUGCCAACACAUGAAGAAGCACAGAGGCAUCCGUAACCACGUGUGCAAUGUGUGCAACAAGGCAUUCUACGAGGUGUCGAAGCUUAACGCGCACAUGAGGGUUCAUACUGGUAAGCAAGUGAUCCUAUAGCGC